UCGCUUUUUUUUUGUUAUAUGUCAUCCUUCCAAAUUUAAAUGAAAUGUGUUUAAAACAUUUCUACUUUAAAUAUAUUUUAAGCUUUUGCAUUUGACAUAUUGUUAUCGUAAAUAACUUCAAGUGCUGCCCAUUUCCCCAUCAGAUCGAUUAAUAAAUCGAUUUCCAAUUGUAAAACUAUUUAGUUAGACCAUCUUCAUCAAUCGCGUGUGAAUAUUUUCAUACAAAGACCGCUUUGAGUUUAAUUAUAAUACUGAUAAUAGGUUAAAUAAGUGCGAGAAUAAUGGCUGCACAAUUCUUCAAUCGUAUUGGUCAAUUAGGCCUUGGAGUUGCUGUCCUAGGUGGAGUUGUGAAUUCGGCGUUAUAUAAUGUAGAUGGUGGACACCGUGCUGUCAUAUUUGAUCGUUUUACCGGCGUGCAACAAGAUGUUGUAGGUGAAGGCACACAUUUCUUCAUUCCAUGGGUACAAAGGCCCAUCAUAUAUGACAUUCGCUCACAGCCAAGAAAUGUGCCCGUCAUCACUGGUAGUAAGGAUUUACAAAAUGUCAACAUCACAUUACGUAUUCUCUACCGUCCAAUUCCGGAUCAAUUGCCUAAAAUUUACACGAUUCUCGGUCAAGAUUACGACGAAAGGGUGCUCCCAUCAAUUGCCCCUGAAGUACUCAAAGCGGUUGUGGCUCAAUUCGACGCUGGUGAAUUGAUUACCCAACGUGAGAUGGUAUCUCAACGUGUAUCAGAAGAACUUACUGAACGUGCCAAACAGUUCGGUUUCAUACUUGAUGAUAUUUCUCUUACACAUUUGACCUUUGGUCGUGAAUUCACUCAGGCUGUAGAAAUGAAACAAGUUGCUCAGCAGGAGGCUGAAAAGGCACGUUUCGUUGUAGAAAAGGCUGAACAACAAAAAUUGGCUUCCAUCAUUUCUGCAGAGGGAGAUGCUUCGGCUGCUGGUCUUUUGGCUAAGGCCUUUGGUGAGGCUGGUGAUGGUUUAGUAGAAUUGCGUCGUAUCGAAGCAGCUGAAGACAUUGCAUAUCAGCUAUCGAGAUCGCGUGGUGUUGCAUACCUACCAGGUGGACAGAAUACCCUUCUCAAUUUACCGGCGUCUUUGGCGCAGUAAACGAGACUUUUUGUUUUUGAAAAUACUUAGCAUUUAAUAAAUAUGGUUACUUGUUUCUUUUUACAUUAUCUAUAAGUUAGUGCGGGGUAACUGUGCUUUCGACCAAUAAUAAUAAUAAGCUAAAGUGAUUUCCAAGUUUUGUUAUAUGGAAAUUCAACAAAUUAAUUUCUUGUUUCGCUUUAAUUUUCUGGACCAGAAAACUUAAAAAGUAGGUACACUUAAUUCUGUUUUUACACGGUUUGAAAAUAAAACAAUUUUUAAUUUUUUAAACGAUUUUAUUCCUUUUAACACGAUUCGAAAUUUUUUGGGCUAAAAUUUUGUUUGCCAGAUUUAAUUUUCGCGAAAUAUGUUCAUGUCACAAAUUUAGAGAAAUUUUCUUUUUGUGGAUACAACUAAGUUUACUGGUACCAAUCUAGAGUGUAAAAACAGAAUAAGGUGUUUUUAAAAAAUUUUCAAUAGAAAUUAGCUUAUUGUUGGAUUAUUGAUUAUUCCGUAAAAUUAUAGUGCUUGUGUUCUUUAAUGCGUUGUUUAAAAGCCGCUAAACGUGUAAAUUAAAAUCGGUUUUUUUAAA